AACAGGUUUCAUGACAAAAAGAUGUCCUUCCUUUUCUACCAAGUAUGUCAACCUUGCUACAAUUAAUUUCCUUUUUUAAUAUAAUUUGAUUAGAUCUGAUAUCGAUCCUUUUGAGAUGCUUCCUCGAUUCGUCGCGCGGGAAGGAGAUCCGGUAAUACUUUAUUCAUGGUUUCUAAGGUAUGCAUGUAUCACAUUCAUGCAAAUAACAUAUAUAUUCAAUCAUGCAACACGUGGUAGGUGGCUGGUGGCUUAUGGUGAGUAUCUGUAUAUAUACGUUCAUCAACCGCGUCCAAAUCAAAAAUCCCCUCCAGUUAGCAAAAAUGCCUUCACUAGUUGCUGAAGCAUUCCAAGCCAAUGGCGCAGAACCCUUGAACCUGAAGCCCAUUUUCUGUGCCUCAGGCAUCAAGGGCAAGCGAGUGACUGCGUUGUCAGCAGAAAAAAAUGGCCUCACUGAUUUCAUUCAAAGAAUCAUUGCUGACAAACCAGACAUCGACACACCAUUCAGCGUCCUCGAUUUGGGGGUCGUCAUGGGCCUGAUGGACCAAUGGGCCUGCAAGCUCCCCACGGUCCAGCCCUUCUACGCCGUCAAGUGCAACCCAAACCUCUCCCUCAUCGGUGCGCUCGCUGCGCUCGGCUCCAGCUUCGACUGCGCCAGCAAAGCCGAGAUCGAAUCCGUUCUCUCCCUCGGAGUCUCACCCGACAGAAUCAUCUAUGCAAACCCAUGCAAAUCCGAGUCACACAUCAGAUACGCCGCCUCCGUAGGCGUCAACGUCACAACCUACGACUCCAUAGACGAGGUCGAGAAAAUCCGAAAAUGCCACCCCACGUGCGAGUUGCUCCUCCGCAUUAAACCCCCGCAAGACAGCGGAGCGCGAACCAGCUUGGGCCUCAAAUACGGCGCGCUUCCCGAGGAAGUCGAUGAGCUUCUCCAAGCUGCUCACGAGGCGGGGCUCAAGGUGACCGGCGUGUCCUUCCACAUUGGUAGCGGCGGAGCCGACACGCGAGCCUACCACGGAGCCAUAUCCGCCGCUAAAAACGUCUUCGAAUCGGCUUCUCGGCUCGGCUUGCCCAGAAUGGGCGUCCUCGACAUCGGCGGCGGCUUCACCUCUGGGCCGUCGUUCGAAGCCGCGGCUUUGAAAAUAAACGCCGCGAUUGAAGGCAGCUUCGGGAAGGAGGAGGGGCUGGUGGUGAUUGGCGAGCCGGGUCGUUAUUUCGCGGAAACGGCUUUCACGUUGGCGACGAGAGUUAUUGGAAAGCGCGUCAGGGGGGACGUGAGGGAGUAUUGGAUUGACGAUGGGAUUUACGGAACUCUUAAUAACAUCGUGUUUGAUUACGCUACCGUCACGUGCAUGCCACUCGCGUGCACCUCGAAACCGGAGAAUCCUACAUGCUGCAGGGAUUUGAAUUUGAAGACUUACCCUAGCACCGUGUUUGGACCCACAUGCGAUUCUAUUGAUACGGUUCUGAGGGAUUACCAGCUCCCGGAACUGCAAGUGAACGAUUGGCUUGUGUUCCCGAACAUGGGUGCCUAUACGACGUCGUCCGGGACUAACUUCAAUGGGUUUAGCUCCUCAGCCAAGUCCAUAUUCCUUGCAUGUUCGAGCCCGGAACACACCAUGUUCUAAUCAAUACAAAUCCCAAACUAUCCCUUGCUCAAUGUACUUACUUAUUUUAUUAUCAACUUGUCUCUCUUUUGGUUUCGGAAACUCAAUAAUGGCGGAAUGGCUGCUCGUGGACGCCGCGUGGUUUCUCUCUUGAUUGUAUUACUACUAUCUUUUUCUUUUCAUUUAUAUUUUCUAAUUUGGAGACACCUACGUACCUUUUGAUAUUCGAAAUAAAAUUUCGUUUAUUGUUGAUACUA